GGCGCUAACAGUCUAAACUGAUUGCUAUCCGGAUCUCGCAGGAAGGCAACGACCUUUUUCCCUUCUUCUACCACCCUUCUUUCACAAUCCUUUGUUCCUUUAAAAAGAAAAUCGUCGAACAGAAAGCGGAAAAUUAUAGGACUACGAGAAGUUGUCGGUUGGAAACUAUUUGAAAUCAGGUGUCUUUUUCGGCUGAAUUAAAAAUUCAGACCAGGUAGUGGUCGAGGACAAAAGUGUGUGUAACUAUGUGCUAGUGAGAAUCGACAAGAAGAUAUAAACAAGGCACAAUAAAAGAAAAUACGAAUCGCUAUGACCAACAGCAUGAAGCAAACUGUUAUCAAAAAUCCGACAUGGUGGAAGAGACGGUCCGGUUUGGAACGCGGGUUAACGGUGAUAGCCGUUUCCGGGUUUCUCUUGUGCAUCGCUUUGGCCGUGGCGCUCGGAAUUUUGGCGUCCAACACGACAUGCAACACUACAUCCAUACCAGAUCCUGUUAAUACAGAGAUGCUACCGUCCACAGCCGAAGCGUUAAGCGGAUCGGAAACAUCGAGCAGCGUCCAUAUCAUACAGAAAAGCUCGGAAUGCGACAAUAUAUGCUUAACAACUGGAUGCGUUAACACAGCCUCACAGGUACUGAAAAAUAUGGAUCGCAACGUGGAGCCGUGCGAUGACUUUUACAAGUUCACCUGCGGCGGUUUUCUUGAUUCCACCAUCAUUCCUGAUGACAAAACCAGCGUAAAUACGUUCUCCAUCAUCGCCGACGAUCUCUUGGAACAAUUACGGACUAGCAUCGAGGAGGAAAGUCCUCCAAACGAACCGAGACCAUUUAGACUUGCCAAAGACUUCUAUAAGGCUUGCAUGAACAAAACCGCUAUCGAGGAGCGAGGCUUGCGUCCGUUAUUGGACAAUCUCAGAAAACUUGGUGGCUGGCCAGUUUUAGAUGCCGAGCGAUGGAAUGAGGGUGACUUCACUUGGAAAGAUGCCGUCUACAGAUUUCGCAAAUUGGGCUAUUCCGUUGACUACUUCAUCGAUUUCGGCGUCAGUGUCGACUUGAAGAACAACUCAAGACGCCUGAUCGACCUUGAUCAAGCAGCUCUUGGUUUGUCGCGUGAAUAUUUAUCGAAAGGCUUCGACGAGAAAAUCGUUCAAGCAUAUUACAAAUACAUGGUGGACAUUGCUGUGAUCCUUGGAGCUAAUCCGGAUCGAGCCCAAAAGGAAUUGAAGGAGUCGCUCGAAUUCGAAAUCAAGCUCGCUAAUAUCUCGCUACCUAAUGAAAAACGACGCAACGUAACUCUGCUCUAUAACCCUAUGACUGUGAACGAGCUGUCCGCGGCUUAUCCUAGCAUACCAUGGUGGGAAUACUUCAACACAAUCCUUGCGCCACAAGCGAAACUAAGUCGGGACGAGAUAGUUAUCGUGAACGUGCCCAGCUAUGUAAAAAGCUUUGAACAGCUGAUCAGCCAGACACCCAAGAGGAUACAGGCGAAUUAUAUGUUUUGGAGGGCGGCCGCCGCGUCGGUCAGCUAUUUAACGGACGAUAUCCGAAAAAGGCAGCUGAAGUAUACGCUAGAAUUAAACGGCAAGACAGAGAGGGAACCGAGAUGGAAAGAGUGCGUGGAAAUUGUUUCUGGCAGUAUGGCGAUCAGCGUCGGUUCGAUGUACGUGAGAAAGUACUUUAAGGAGGACGCGAAGAAGACCGCUCUCGAAAUGGUCGGCGACAUCAGAGAGGAAUUCACGAAGAUUCUGAAGAAGGUGGAUUGGAUGGAUGAGAAGACCAGAGCAAACGCCUUAGAAAAAGCAGCUGAUAUGACAUCACAUAUUGCUUAUCCAGAUGAGUUGCUGGACAAUAAAAAGCUUGACGAGUUUUACGACGGACUAGAAUUAAAUUCUGCUGAUUAUUUAGGAAGCAUUUUAAAUCUGACUAUCUUCGGAACGAAUUUCUCAUUUGGUAGACUGAGAAAGCCGGUGAAUAAAACGGAAUGGAUUACUCAUGGAAGGCCGGCUAUUGUCAAUGCAUUCUACUCAUCGAUUGAGAAUAGUAUUCAAUUCCCCGCAGGUAUCUUGCAAGGCACAUUCUUCAGUAAUGAUCGGCCGCGAUACAUGAACUACGGCGCUAUCGGCUUUGUUAUUGGCCAUGAGAUUACCCACGGCUUCGACGAUCAAGGCAGACAGUUCAAUAAGGAAGGUAAUCUCGUAGAUUGGUGGGAGCCGGAGACAAAGGAGCACUAUCUCAAGAGAGCCGAAUGUAUAAUUUACCAGUAUGGAAAUUAUACUGUGAAGGACAUUGGAAUGAACGUGAAUGGAAUAAAUACUCAGGGUGAGAAUAUCGCCGAUAACGGCGGCAUAAAAGAGGCGUAUUACGCAUACAAGGAAUGGGUAAGACGAAACAAGCCGGAGCAGACGUUGCCGGGCUUGCCCUAUAGCCCGGAACAGAUGUUCUGGAUAAGCGCCGCCAACACUUGGUGCAGCAAAUACCGUCCGGAAGCGAUGAAGCUACGUAUCACGACGGGAUUCCACAGCCCCGGCGAAUUUCGCGUACGGGGACCAUUGUCGAACAUGGAGGAAUUCUCGCACGACUUUAAUUGCCCGAUCGGAUCUAAGAUGAAUCCCAAGAAGAAGUGCGCCGUAUGGUAGAUCUCAAAGGUGUCAGCAAGAAACGGUUGGCUCCGUUAUAACGUUUCGCGAUCGUUUUUAACCCUAUAAGCUGUAAUUCCAAAUGCUUCCUGAAAACAAGCAAUUCGGUGGCUUUAUAAAUGAGAGAUGUAUUUUCAAAUGUGCAUGACGUUCCCUUUCUCCAUUUUUCCUGUUUUUAAAGCCACGGUAAUAUUUAUUAUUUCGAUCCUCAAACGUUAAAUUGUAUCGUAUUCAUAAAAUAAUUAUUGGUUUUUUUUUUCAUUGUAAGAUUUUAGUGAAUUUAGAACUUUUACACCGUCGCUUUUAGGGUUAAUGAACGCAAAUGAAUCGUAUUUGAGAAUAUGGAAGUAAUCUGAUUUCUUCUAGCAUCCUACAAAACAUCUCAUCGUAACAGAGAAUAUUUUAUCAGCGAUAAUAUUUGAAGGCGAGAACUGAUAUUCCGCAAUAUCUAGCAUGAAACAUGCAAAAAUCUGUAAGAAAGCAUUGUUCAUGAAAUCCAUAAAGAUUGAUGCAAUGUACGUUUUUAAAUGCGCAGGAUAUAGAUAUUAUGAAUCGUUUUUGGUAAACAAUUUUUAUAAUAAGUAAGAAAUACGUGUCAUAUGCGCGUAUGUAAAUAGAGAAAAAAAUGGAAUAUAUGAUGGAUUUGAAAGUUAAUUAACUCUACUUGUAUGAAAUUAUAUUCGUCUAACUGUCUUUGAUGUAAUAAGAAAUAGGAUUUCUGUAUUACAACGAUAAUGUUAAAAAUUUGAAAUUCCAUAUGAUGGAAUAUAACUCGCCGAGCGAGAUUAAUUAAAUUAUCAAACAUA